UCGGUACAUUUCCGCGUGUGAGGCUGCAUGGCGGUUGUUGGGUAAUGAGUUGCAGUACAAAAAACCUCCCGUUCAGCGUUUGAACUUUCACUUGUUUGGAGAACAUAACCUUUUAUUUGACGAAGAUGUUGAUCUUGAAGAUGUUAUCAACAAACCCACAGUUGAUGAAAGUCAAUUUCUUGCGUGGUUCGAUGCAAACAAAAUGUACCCUCAGACAAGGGAACUAACGUAUGUUGAGGCGCCCUCAAAAUUUGUGUGGAAUACAACAAUCAGUCAAUGGACUCCUCGAAAAAAUGAGGACCAACCCUCUGUAGGUCGUUUACGAUACGUACCUCCCGGCAGUGGAAAUAAUUACUACUUGAGAUGUUUGCUCAAUGUUGUGCGUGGGGAAACAUGUCAUGAGGACUACAUAAAAGUCGGUGAAGUCCAGUAUCUAACAUAUCGUGAUGCUUGCUACGAGCGGGGUUU